AUGAAAGUAAUCAAAGACAAGGGGCAAAUUACAAGACUAUUUGCUUUAGAAGUUGGAUCAAGAGGCAUGGCAGGUACAUCAGUAUACAGCCUACUGAAACAUCUUGGGAUGUCAAGUCAGAGAAGGUCCAAGUACUUGAAAGAACUGGCAGAAACAGCAGGGAAGGGGAGAUGUUAUAUACAUACUUUCCAAAAGUGUUACUGUCGAAAUUGCAUCAGUUUCAUUGAGUACCAUGUCUGUGAAACAGCUUUAAGACUUAAACCUUAUUGCAACAGUACUUUUACAGGAGAUGAGGGAAACUUCAGUUUUGGAAUUUACAAUAAGGAUGUCACAAUUUAUCCAAGCCCUUCACCUCAUCCUUCUGGAAGCAGCAAAAUCAAGAUACAGAACAUUGUUGAUUAUGGUUGGGAAUAUCGUUAUUUUUGGGGGAAACUAGUUGCAUGCCAUAAUUCUUCCAAGUAUUUGGCAUAUGUCAUCAAAGCUCCAAACACUGUUUGUGGUGCAGUCAGAGUUAUGAAUUGUGUAACAGGAGAGAGAGAACUAAUCAAAGGAAUGAAGGGACAGGUUGUGGACCUCUGCUUUGCUCAUUCCUCACCACAGGUUUUACUGGCAUGUGUUGAUGAGACAGGAUGUAUGUUUGUAUACGAGAUUCUAGAAGAAAAUGAAAAGCUACAAUGCAAAUUAAUGCUGCAGGUUGAUCGUACUGAAGAACCAAAACCUGGUGACAUCCAUCGGGUGAUUUGGUGCCCCUUCAUUCCUGAUGAUCCUGGUGUUAGUGAAGAUAUUGAAGAAAGCAUCCUAGAGGACAGUUCCAAACUCUUGGUUCUUACCCACAAUGAACAAGCUGAGAUGUGGCAUGUGGACAUGGUUUCGAGGGAAUAUGGUCAUGGUCCUAUAAUGGUGGAUCAAGUAGAAAUUGGCUACCAGGCAUUUCAGGAACAUCAGAAGCCCAUUAUAGAUGCAGCAUUUUCACCGGAAGGUACAGCUUUAGCUACAGCCAGUUUAGACGGUGAAGUAAAAUUUUUCCAGGUCUACAUGCAAAACAAAUCUACUUCUCCAAGAUGUUUGCACCAGUGGAUUCCUCAUGAAGGAAAACCCUUGUCAUGUCUGUUUUUUUUGGACAAUCAUAAAGAUCCUAAACCAGAUAUUCAGUUUUGGAAGUUUGCUAUAACUGGAGCAGAGAACAAUCAAGAGCUGAAAGUGUGGAGCUGUGAAACAUGGGAGUGUGGUGAAACAUUUUUCAGAUUUACUCUAAAGAAAACUGAUAAUGUUCAGCCAAGUUUGCGAGCAGAGCUAGACCGUUCUUCAUCACAUCUUCUCUUGUCAGACAUUAACAGAAAUGGUCUCUAUGUACUUCAGAUCCAUCAGGAUCAUGCACAUAAUGUUGUAAACAUUUGCUCAGUAUCAGAGUUUUUUCUCACUCUACCAGUGUUAAGCUUAUCUAUAAAAGAUGCAGGAUUCUGCAAACUGAAGUCUGUAAUUGGCCUUGAACACGUAGAACACAUGGGACAAGACUUGGAAGAUAACCAUGAAGAAGAUGACUUAACUGAGACUUAUGUGAAGGGAACUGUGAUCAGACUCUUCUGGAUUAAUACUAAGUCCCUUCAAGAUUGUCGCAUUGUCUACCAAUCUGCUGUACCUGUACCUCAGGAUAACUCUGAAUCUCUGAGUUCCUUGUCUCAUGAUUCUUUUGUAUAUCGUGAUGGUUUGUCAGACAUUAGUGUAGAUAACCAGAAUGGAGAAAAUGAUGUCUGUGUAGAAAAGAAACCAGUGAAUUCAACAGCCACUAUAUUGGCACAAACUCCUGUGUUGUCUUCCUCAGUAGUAUCUCUCUCCACUGUAACACCGAUAACUCCAGGAACAGUUUCUUCUUAUUCUACAAAUUUUCAGUCUUCAACGGAAGUUCUUCUUACUCCAGAUCACUUUACUUCUCCAUCACACACCUCUGGUUCUCCUGCUGUCUCUUCUUCUUCAUUCACUCCCUCAUCAGUUCCCCUUCCCCCAGUCACUCCUUCAGAAGAAGUCAACCUUGCUACAUGCAACAAUGAAGAUAACAGUAAUUUAGCAAGUCAAGUUCAUGAUACGCCUUUGGCAACCUCUGAGAAAAUCUCUAUUCCUCGUCGAAAGUCCUCCCAUCGUAGUUCAGCUAGCACUCCUAGCCAAGAAGUUGCCAGCAUUCUUUCAUCAGAUAGAGAACUAGAAAAGCAGGAUGAUGCAGAGUUUGCUGAAGAUCAACAUACAGAAGAUUUGGGAGAGGAACUUGGUUACCAAGACAAUAAGUCUACCUACUCCAUGGGAGAGAGUCUAAUAUGUAAUGGUUCUACUGUAUCUGUCAAUGCUUUAUCAGAGUUCAGUCACAAGGCUCAGUUUGGAAGUAUGGAGUGGCCCCAUGCUCCAGACCCUACCAAAGAUUAUAGACUUGCCAGUUCUGGAUCUGGAACAGAGAUAUCACAAUCAACAGAGACUACUCAUACCUUCCCACAAGAUAGCAGUAGAUACAGCUUGCAUAGACUGGAAGUGAUUGUUGAAGGAUUGUCACGUAAAGUAUCUUCUAUGAUGGAUCUGAUGCAUGCAGAGAGAUCUGAGAUACGGGAAAUCCAGUCUACACUGAGAGAACAAAUUCAGCAACAUAAGGUACUCCACAAUCAAGUCCAACGUUUGGAACGUUUGGACAGUUCCAUAUGUUCCAGAGUUGAAAAUGUGUUAACAAAACAGGCACAAUCUGAAUUUACGAAAAUGCAAACCCUGUUUACUAAGAGAGAAGACUCAGACCGCCAGUGGUUAGAAAGACAAGCCUCGACACUUUCUCAGGCAGUAACUUUAGCUGUUGGCAACAAAUUAGAUAAAACCAUAAAAAAUGAAAUAAAAAAUUUGGUUCUGCCAAAUCUGACAAAGUUUUUUGACAAUGUUAAGGAUCAGAUUCAACAAGAAGUCACUCAGAAACUAACAGCAGCAGAUAAUGUUGUAAAGGAUAACAUAGGAAAGAUGAUGAAGAAUAAAAGUCUGAUGGAUAACAUAUCUCAGUCUCUGGCCACUAGUGUCCAUUCCCAAAUCCAGGACUCCUGUAGAGAAGUUUUCCAGGCUUACAUCAUUCCAUCAUAUGAAAGAGCUUGUCAGCAACUUUUCCAUCAACUUAAUGAUACAUUUCAACAUGGAAUCAAAGAGUACCUACAACAGACUGAAAGCUGGAUUGAAAGACAGAUACAGCAAAAUCAAAAUGUAACUCAAAUCAGCUCGGCACAUCUGGAUCAACAAUUUUCCCAGAUCCAGUCAGCUUUGGAGAAACAUGUUAGUAGUUCACUACUUGGAUCACAAGAUAAGAUCUCUCAGAAGUUCCAGGAAAAUUUAAACAGAGCUCUAGAUGGGCUAAUAGGACGAGUACAAACAACCACUCGGGAUGAGGUACGACUGGCCUUACAGGAACAUCAGGCAUCUCCUGAUGCAUCAGUUUCUAGUCUUCGUUCUCGUGCCAUUACUCCAGUUCCUCACUGUGAUCCUCAGACCCAGUUACAGCAAAUUCUUCAUCUCUUUAGACAAGGUCAAGUGAAUGCUGCUUUCCAGCAGGCAUUGUGUGUAUCUGAUGUUAACAUUGUGCUGAAAGUGUGUGAGAGUGUCUCAACAACACAGGUGUUUGGUCCACCCUGUCCACUUCAACAGCAAGUUCUUCUUUCCCUCAUCCAUCAGUUGUCUCAAGACUUUUCCACCAAAACUGAAUUAAGAUAUAACUACAUUUCUGAAGCUCUGAUGAACUUGGACACUAGUAACCCCUUGACAAGGGAACACUUUGGACUUGUGUUGUCUACCCUUGGGCAGAAAUUAAGCACCUUCAUCCAGCACAAUCCACAACACAAACAGAUUCGUAACUUAAAGAUGUUAAGGAUGGCAGCUCAUAGCCUACAUAGCAAUAAUAGCCAAUCUUUCCAACCUGUUUAAUUAAACCAGAUGUUACUCUUUUUUUUUACACUUUAUUAUUGAUCAUUUGCUUUUUUUUCACUUUUAUCUUCAUAUUCUUUUUUUUUUCCCCCAACAUAAGUUGAUAUUUAGUUUUAACUUCCAGAAUGAGCUGAACAAUUUAUUAUGUUUAAUGUAAAAUGCUUGUCAUUAGUAUUUUAAUUUUAGGAAGGUUUGAAGAAAACAUGUUUUAAUAAAAAACCAAGGUGAAAGGUUUAGUUAACCUGCUGGCACCAAAGAAAGAAUUCUAGUGCUUCCAUAGAAUGUUCACUUACAUGCCACUUAACACUGAAGAACAGCUUUUUCCUAUAAACACCAGUGUAGAUCCUUUUUUCUGAAUUGGUAACAGGUUAGUAUCUCAAUUUAUAUUUUCUCUCUACUAAAAUAAAAGCAGUAAAACAUAAGAAUGCCCUUGUACAUUCCAUUUUAGAAUGAAUACUGAAACAUAUACAACUUUUUUUCCCAUUAACAUUGUUCCAGUUCUAAUACUCACAUUUAGGUGGUUUGGUGAGUUUAACCUCUUCCUGUGGAUAAAACACUGUAGGUUUUCAUUUCAUCGUACGAAGCUAUAUCUUCCGUGCAGAAAUUGUUGUGUAUGAAAUUACCAGAUUGCUCUUGAAACUGUAUAAAAUAUAACUGUCUUGUUGAUAAACAUUUUUCUUAACACAUUGAUCUAAAGUAUUUGGGUAUAAAAUGAGAAUUAUAGUAUCCUAAGAACCUUGACCAAACAACUUGUGUUUUUAUUUUAAAGUUAUAGUGUAUUAAGCCAUGUUUAGAAUCUAAGACAAACUCUACUAUUUGAACCACAGUAAUUAUUAUGUUUAUGUCUAGGUACAGCCAUGUAAAAAAAAAAAGGUGUACUUUUUUUUUUCACAAUAAAAGUGUAAAAAUUUCAAGUUGGAAAAAUUUACAGAAGAAAUAACCGGUUUACAAAGGUUAAUAUUCUGAUAUUGUGUUUUGAAACUACAAAAUGUAAGUUAGAGGUUUUAUGUAAUUUCUUAACUUUGUCAGCUUAAGGAUUAAAAAUGAUUUUUUAUAGUCUAUUAUGUACCAUUUAUUUGAGUACCACAUUAUGCUGUAUAUGUUCUAAAAUCAGAACACCUGAUUAGAACUCUUGGAUGAGGUAUCUUAACUUUAGUAGCCCAUGUAGUGUAUAUUACAACUAAUAACCCUGUAAAGAAAGUGUGUACUCUGGUCGUACAAGCAUAUCUUUUUCAACAUAUACCACAACCAUUGAGAAUAAUGUAAAAUAAAGCAAAGUUAAUAAAGAAGUUACUUUAAA